GUAUAGUAGAGCGAGUGAGGCCGGACUGGGUCGUUCGCCGGCGAUGGACGCGGAGGAGCUCCUGAAGAGGAUACAGGAGCUGGAGGAGGGCCAGGCGGAGCUCAAGCGGGAGGUGUCCGGGCUCCUGACAACGGCGACGACGGAGCGCCGCCGCCGCGGCGGCGCGCAGUGCCAUGGCGACGGCUCCUCGUCGCGCCGCGCCAAGCAGCAACAUGCUGCUGUGCCGACAGCUCCUGCCGCGGGAGCGCCGCGGCGCGCAGUGGCAGCCCGGCUCCUCUUCACGGCGCCGCCUCCCGCCACCGCCCGUUGGCCGCGCCGGGCUGUCCCGCAGGCACCAUGCCAUGGUCCUGCAGUCGCUGGGGCAGGCCGUGCACAUUCUUGACCUCCAGGGGAAGGUCCUCUACUGGAACCGAUGCGCCGAGCAUCUGUAUGGCUACCCUGCAUCAGAAGCAGUCGGUCACAAUGUCGCGGAACUGCUGGUGCAUGCUGACGACAUUGGUCCAGCAACUAGCAUCAUCGGGAGCACAUUCACAGGAAGAUGCUGGAGAGGAAAGUUUCCGGUCAGAAACAAGUCAGGCGAGAGGUUUUCCAUCCUCACCAAUGGCACUCCGCUGUAUGAUGAUGAUGAUGGCACCAUGAUCGGCCUCGUCUGUCUCUGUCUCUCAGAUGAUACACGGACACUGCAGCAGAUAACUGGCCUUUCAACGACCUCGGGAUAUUAUUAUUACCCAACGAAUUGAUUUUUGUAUAUGUUUAAACACGAAUUCUC